UAAAGACUGUGAUUGGGGUGGUUUUUGCAAAUGUUUUCUUUUGUUGUUGCUGCGGUCCGAAGGAAAAUAUUUUCAAUCUGAAAAUUAAACCAGUCAGCUAAUUAAAUUAAGUUAAACGUCAAUAAAAGAUCAUAAAGCAUGAUAUAGCAAAAGGGCAGCGAAAAAUUCACCCUUGUAACAAUAAAAGAAAAGAUGUCGCCAAUCUCUAUUUGGACUUUCGGCCUCCUGAGCGCUCUGCUUGUGACUUUGGGCUCAACAGCGAUUUCCUCGAAGGUUCUGGAGCUUAGUGACCGCUUUAUCGAUGUGCGACACGAGGGACAGUGGUUAGUCAUGUUCUAUGCCCCAUGGUGCGGGUACUGCAAGAAAACCGAGCCAAUCUUCGCAUUGGUGGCUCAAGCACUCCAUGCCACAAAUGUGCGCGUGGGCCGCCUGGAUUGCACCAGGUAUCCGGCGGCUGCAAAGGAGUUCAAGGUUCGUGGCUAUCCCACAAUCAUGUUUAUCAAGGGCAAUAUGGAGUUCACCUACAAUGGUGAUCGCGGUCGCGAUGAACUAGUAGACUAUGCAUUGAGGAUGUCUGGACCUCCAGUUCAGCUGGUCACGCGAACGGAGAGUGUUGACAUGCUUAAAGGAUCACACACGAUCUUCUUCAUUUUUGUGGGUCAGCAGGAAGGUGUGGUGUGGGAUACAUACUAUGCUGCAGCUGAAGGUUACCAAGAGCAUGGGUUCUUUUACGCCACUAGCGAGGAUAUUGCUGCUCAGCACUUUGACUUUGAAAAACUGCCAGCGGUUAUAGUCUACAAGGAGGAGCAGCAUCACUUUUAUCCGCAUGGGCACUUGGCCCACGAAAUGGAUCCCAAUGAAGUGAAUGAAACCGUUUUCCAGUGGGUGAACGUCGAGAGGUUCACUAUGUUCCCUAAGGUCACUCGAUUUAACAUCCAUCAGCUGUUGAAGACGAACAAGUAUUUGGUACUAGCUGUGGUGCAAGAGGAUAAACUCAAUCAGAUAGCCACCCAUGAGCUGGAGUUCCGUGAUAUGGUAGAGGGGGUGAUAAGAAAGCACAGGGCGCGAUAUCAUGAUAAGUUCCAAUUCGGAUGGAUCGGUGAGCCAUCGAUAGCACAUUCCAUCAUUCUGGACCAGCUACCUACGCCGCAUUUGAUAGCGAUUAAUUCGAGCACCCAGCACCACUUUAUACCCGAUGAUGAUCCCAUGCAGAUGACGCCACAAGCACUGCAUCUGUUCCUUGAAUCCAUUCGAAAUGAGAGUGCAGUUGCCUAUGGAGGAGAUACGUACUUUGUGCGUUUAAAUCGGGCACUAUUCGAGGUGCGAAGAGCUCUAAAAGAUAUGUGGCUAGGAAAUCCCGUUUUGACCACUGUUAUCUUCGGCCUGCCACUUGGGUUCCUCUCGCUUAUUAUGUACUCUAUUUUCUGCGGCGAUUGUUUGGUGACCGAAGAAGAUUCUGAUGAAGAUCACGAAAAGAAGGAGUAAGAAGAUAACAAAGGAUUAUAACGUGGCGUAUGAAAAAAAAAGAGAGUUCUGAGUGAUCUCGAAGUGAAUUUCCGAGUAUAAUCAUACAACAAAGAUUUGAAUAAGGAAACUUGAGUAUGAAGAAAGAAAACUAAAAGUUAUACGAAAUUAAGGAAACGCCAUAAGCUGUCGUAGCAGAUCCCACCCCUAUCCCCUAGAGCAACUUUUCUACCGCAUAUAAAUAUAAGCCAAAUCUAGUCCUACGUCAAAGUAUCUCAUCUCCGCUGGGCGAGACCUUCCAAUCUGAUUUAAGAUCCGCGAUUUGACACAAAGAAAUCAUACGUGCGUUUGGUUCUUUUUUUCGUUUUAAGUUAGUAAAAGUAAUAAACAUGAUUUAGCGGAUGCAAA